GAUUUCCGUUGAAAAAUCGACGGUAAAAAAGGCACUACUGGGUACUGGGUAACACCAUGGCUAACACACCAAAAGUGAGUAGGGGCUUUCCAGGCUUUACGGACAGUUUCUGACAAUGUAAAUGCAGAAAAUGAUGUCAUAUCUUCGAAUCACUCCUCGGGUUGGGAUCGGGUACGGUCUUGUUCGAUCCUUUCCGAAAAAUGAAAGUGUGCGCCAUCGCUAUUUUUAGCCAGCAAACAUGUUGUAAACUAAAAGUCAAUAUGAAAUAUUUCUGCAUUUAGCAGAAUUUUUGCGUUGCGUUUGGUAUUUUUUUUGAAUGUUAUUUUUAUAAAAGUAGUUUGAUUUGCGUCACAGAAUAAUAUGUAUGAUGAUUAAAAACUCUGGCGAUAUCGACUUAUCAGAAGCUUUAUCUGGGAGUAGAAUGUGUUUCGGAAAUAAAGGUUUGCGUUUGUUGAGUAUGCGAACUAGUAGAUCAGAGAUCUUGGCUAGUGAUGGAUUUCGCAAGAUUGAACCGAAACCAACGUGUUUGGUUAAAUCAUAUGAACAUGACUGUCAUACUUCUAAGGGAAAAAAUGCUUCAAGAUUGUUAGAGUCUAGGUCCACUCGAAGAGGAGUGCGUAUAUGUCCGACUUGUAAGAAUCGUGUGGGUUAUCGCUCAAAAAUCUGUAAACAUUGUUUGGCUAAUGCUGGUGGACAUAAUAGGACCAAAUGUGUACGUAAGAAUUCACGAAAGAAGUACAUGCAAGAGUUGAGUACAUUUGAUAAAAAUACAGAUUCAAAGAUAAUCGUUGGAAAUGAUAAUUCUGAAAAUUCUGUGGGAGAUUCAAAGAGACUUGGUAGUAAUUCAAAUACAUUUACUGUAAAGAAAACUAGUUUUCUUACUUGUGACAGACUAUGUACACCAAAGAAUAAUAAUAUUGAUGAAAACAAAGUUGACAAAAAGAUUGUUGCAUUUGAAUCAUUGAAUCCAGUAAAAAAUACUGUGAACAAUGUUCUAGAUGAAGCAUUAUCAGAAGAGUAUUUACCUCCUAUUCCUUUUGAUGGAAGUGAUGUAGAUAAUAUUAAUGAAUUGAAGCCAUCUACUGAUGAUGUUAUAUUGGCAAAGGGAAAUGCAGUCCAAGUUAGUUGUGUGUCUUUGAAUAUACCACAAAAUAACUUUAGUGAUGACUUGUUUGCAACAUCUCAUGAUGAUGUCAUAAAUAGAGAAGUGUGGAACUUGCAACAUUAUAAUGAUGUUUCACAGUCAAAAAGUCAAAUUACAACACAAGGAGAUGAUUAUGUUUUUGAAAAACAUUCAUUAUCUGUAGUUGGACUAAAUCAUGAUAAAAUUGGAUUCUCUCUAACACAACGUCAAAACAUUGGUGGCAUUGACACCUCUGAAACUGUCAGAAAUGUGUUCACAAAGAGCAUUAUUGAAACUGCAGCUUGUUUGACAAGACCUUUUGGAAAAGAUGAAAGUAAUGUUUUGGGUGAAGCUGAUGAGAAUGAAAAGACAAGAAUGCAAUUCAGCAAUUGCAAUGGACGAAAGAAAGCCAAUGUGUUCUUGAUACAGUUUUUAAGAAUUGAACCAAAGCCUUAUUCAGAUUUAUCUCCUUCAUCACAUAAAGACAACGAGCAAAGCAAAAUCAAGGAAAAUAAGUUUUUGUUAAGUAAACCUACCAGGCGAGGAGUUAAGAUGUGUCAUUUGUGCGGGAAGGAUGUUGGCUGUCGUUCUAGAAUUUGUAAAUUCUGCAAAGUGAUUACUGAUACAAACUCUGAGAAAAUCUCAAUAUUGGAUCAGAAAAAUCUUCUUGCAGUUAAACUUUGUGAGUACUUCCAUUUGGAAAGUGUUUUAUUCUCGGUGAAGAAAAACAUGGACUCUUCCGAAGAUAGAUGUUUUGUUAAAAAAAUUGAUAGUUCCUGGAAGGGGGGAAAUCGGCCUAGCAGCAGUAACACAGAUCACAAAUUUUCAUGCAAUUGUAAUGGUAUUGAGAUUAACACUUGCAUUCACAUUUCAUGUUUAAAACAAAAGCCAAACAUCGUCAAAGCUAGAAUUAUUGCGUUGAAACCUCUCCUUAUUGAUAUACUACCUAUCGAAUUUAUGUUCAAAGAAAAACUUCGUAAACUUUGGGAAAUAUUUAAAGAAGAUGAAAACUGUCCUCUAGUGCAGCAAGUUUGUCAGAAUAUACUGGUUGUGAUGGAUGUGACUUCAGAUGCAAAGAUAUUGCCUUUUCAUUAUACACACGUACGUUUUGACAAAAUAAGACGUCGAAAUAACACUGAGUUUCAUAUAUUCUGUUCAGGAGCAACAUGUUCUGCUUGGAACGAUGAGAAAUUUAAAAGUCCAGUCACGUGUCUACAUUAUUGUAUCGGUUUGUGGGCUAUCGCUUCGGACAGCGAAUUAAAGAAAUACUUCCGUGCAUUUCUGAAUGCAGAACAAGUAUACUUGCACAGUGAUGUGUUCGACAAUUAAUUUGACGGUGAUCCGUUUAACUUUUGCUUUCAAACAUACAUAAGUAGUUUACUUAUUUAUUGACACGGUUUUUUUUUGUUUGUUGGUAGUUAUUAAAUCAUUGAAUCUGCUAAUCUUAUCCGGUUUGUUAAAAGGCAUUUGACACGAUAAGAUUUAAUUCCUGAAUAUUAAUUCUGAAUUCCUGAAUUAAAUUUUUUUAUACCAAAA